AUGAUGCUGAAGAAGCUCCUCCUCUUUUUUGGCCUCUUACAGGCCGUAAUCGGCCAGGAGCGCCGUGUCUACAUUGAUACCGUCAGCUGUUCCAACCAAAGAACCUUUGAUGCAAUCAAGGAGGCCUACCAGUCUGCCAUCAUCAGGGCAGGGCUGGCCAUCGAUGCAUUGCGACCAUGGGCACAGGAGGGUGCCUCUAUCGAUACUUUCGACGGCCGCAUCAGGAACGUUUUCGACCUGCUGUUCGGGGCGGGGGGCACGCGAACAAAAGUGAGCUAUGUUUUUGGUCACCUCGACAGACUUCUUGAGGUCCAGUAUAUGAACGACUUGAUGACAGGUGGCCAAUGGUCCACAGCAAGGACCAUGCAUGACAUAGAAAUCCACUGCAACGCCGACUACAUUCAGCCCCAUCCACAUCCCAAAGAACCGAAUAUCCACCACGAAGACACGAUUCAGAAAAAGCCUGUACAUGAUGAUGACGCGAUCCUAGGUCUCAAGAAUCCAUUCAAGUCCGCGUUCGCAGUAACGUCGCCAGUUUCGCCGCCUAGUGGGAAGGGAUGGGAUCAAGACGCCCCCGAGAUCGUCGCGUACAGCCCGUGGAAGCUGUACUUUGCGGCCAACUGGGACGGCUUUCCUGGCAACGACGUUGUCUUCGGUGGCAUCAAGAUUAACCAGGCCGCCGUCGAGGCCGCCGCGAAUCCCAGGAUGCACCGCUGGUUUUUGACCAACGCGCCAGAAUGGUUGGCAAAAUAUGCGUGGGCCCCGAUUGAUUUGCUGGAUAGACUCGAGUCAACCAUGCUUCAUGAGCUCACGCACACUACUGCCGGCAGGCUCACACAAGACGUCGAGCUGCCCAACUCUUACGGCUGGAAGAACUGCGUGAGACUAAAGAAGCAUUCGAAUGCUGAUAGUAUAGCCUUGUUCGCCUUGGCUGUCGAGUUGAUUAACUUCUACCACUACGACGUGAACGAAGCGGGUGAGCUUACCAAGAUCGAAUGA